UCGAUGAUCAUUUUAAAAAUAAAUUCAUCGCUCGAAUCGGCCCGUCCCUGAGUAAUCAAUAUGGCCUCCAGGUCUACUCGGGGCACGCCAGCGUAGCGUAGUUAUUUCUCGGAAAAUCUUUAGCACAAACGAUCUCUGUGAUAAUAUAAUUAGUCAAGCUGUUGGAAAGUGCACGGAAGAUUAUUUUCACGGUCUUCGACCGGAUAUCGGUGAUAUUAUUCAGUCAGAAAGAAAUUCUGAACGCGCGUUGUUUCACCGUUCUGACUGUUGGCUACUGUGGCGGAAGACAUCGUCGACGUCGAAUACGGUUCGGUAGUUCGGUUGUAUUUUAGCAGUCGCUUGACACGGUCGCCUUGACGAUAGAAUGGAGUUGCCUUUUAAUUGUAAAGGUUCCUAGUUUCCAGUUAAGAGUUUUUGUAUUCCGAUAUGUCGGAGAUUAAGUGCAAGGAGACUGCCACGAUGGAGGGUUGUCAAGAAGGGGGCGAAGAGGAAGGUAUAAUGGCUGUCGAGAGGGUCGAAGAUAAGGUCAGUAUCCAAAAGAUCCUCGAGGGUAUGACGAAUGAAUUUAACAAAACCGUGAGUCCCGUCAAAAACACAGAGAUUAAUCGAACGGAAAAAUCGGAUAACGAAGAGAUCGAAAAACCGGCAGCAAAACCUGACGAAAUAUUGCCGAUCGAGAAGGAACUCGAUGCGGACGGGGACCAGGAAGCGGUUCAACCGAAAGAAAAUGUUACUGCAGGUUCAGCGACGAUCGAGGAAAAUCAUAAGGAGGAUGAAAAUACCAGUAAACAGGAAACCCUAAAAAAGGAUAGCAAUGGCAUUCCGCGUAUUGUUCUCACAUUUCGGACGAUCGACGAGAAUACCGAUCAUGGCAAGAAAACAAAGAUAUCAAGCUGUUCCUCCAACCUCACCUUAGUUCCUGAUGAAUUGGUAAACUGUGAUCAAAUUGGCGGUGUGUCUGUGAAGAUUGAGAACUCUGAUGAGAAUUCUGAUGCCAUCGAGAAAUCUGAUUCGGAGGAGGGUAGAACAGAAGACACUGUUAAAGAACCAGAAAAUAAAGAGCCAGAAAAGACUAUAGAGGAGACAAAGACUACCAAGGAAGAGCCAGAGACAAAAGUAGAAGAAAAGGAUACAGUUACCAAUGAGAAAGUUAAGACUGACGAAACAGAUGUUUCUGUAGAACAUACAGAACAAGGUGACAGGACAGAAAAUGCAGCUCCGGUUACUAGGAAAAGAAGAACAGGACGACCUAGAUUAAGAGCACUUAGUGACCACACAGAAGAAGCUCCAGGUCCUAAACGUUCAGCAAGAAGAUUAUGCAAAGAAUCAUUAAAGAGUACCGUGCUAGAAAGUGCCAUGGCUAGGAAAGAAAAGUCUAAUUACACGGAAGAAAAUUUACAGUUUAAGAAACAGAGAAAGUACAAUAAACCAGGAAGACCCAAGAAAGUAGUCCCAGGGAAAGAUCAAAAUAAACAAACACAAGCUAAACCUCCCGAUAUACGUCAGGAUACAGAAGCUUCCAUUAUUGAUGGGAAUAUUAGUAUCUCUGAGGUAAACUCAACAUUAGACUCUUCUAGAAACUCAGCUAUAUCAGAAAAUAACACAAAUGAGACAAUCCUGGAUGAGUCUCAAAGUUUCUCUUCAGACUUUGAGGGUAUGCCAAAAUUGUCUCCUAUGAUAAAAAGUUCAGAAUCUCAAACAAAAUUGAGUAACUCAAUUGGCAGUCCCCUAAGUGACGAUAUACCUUUAGCAGACAUUGAAAAGCCAUUUUUAAAGCCUGCUACUGGUAGACCUAAGCGUGAAAGAGGCCGACCUAGGGGAAGUCAAGGUGCAAGGAAAAUAGCAAAGGCAGAUUUAUUUGAAGAUGGCUCUGCGUCUGUAGCAGAAACAGGCAAAAAUAAUGACUAUCCUGAAGAAGGAACUGUACCAGCUAAACGGACGCGCAGAAGUAUGGCUCCAAGCCCUAGUCCUGCUGAAGGACAAGCAUCGAAGCCAGAGUCGACAGCAAUUAUGAGUGAAGUUAGUAUAUUUGAAAAUACAUAUGGUCAAUCAAUGUUAUGUUUAUGCCAAGUCAGAUCGCAGUUAUAUGUUACAAUAACUGGUUCCGGGGCACCGUUAUAUUGUACUGCAAUAGAUUCUAUCGAUAAUAGACUGGUAGGAUGCUGCAACGAAGUUGAUAGCAACGAUGUUGCAAUGAGGAGACCUAGUGCUCGCGUUCCCUUCAUAAUCUUGUGUAGAAUGCACAAAGAAAGACUUUUGAGGCACAAUUGCUGCCCUUCCUGUGGACUGUUCUGUUCCCAAGGAAGGUUCGUACAAUGCGUGAAUGGUCAUCAAUAUCAUCGUGAGUGCGAGGUCUAUCCAAACAAGAAAGGGGUGUGUCCACACUGUGGAAGCGAGAGUACAGCGUAUGAUGUGAUGGUCACCAUGAGUGGUCUCCGGAAGCCUGUUUUCAUUCCAACUCGUAAAAAAUUCUCGAAAUUACCGUCUGCAAAGAUAACUCUGCCAGGGAAAGGUGACAACACGAAAUUGGCAGAGCGUCCCCCUAGUCCUCUGAUUCCACCCGAUGUAAUUAAAACCCCUGAACCGUCCCUCAAUUCGGAGAGACCGGAACGUUAUACUAUCAUGAGUCUGUAUACUUCUGUGAAAAACGGGGACUUAGAGAAGUUGGUUAAUGUUUUAGCAUGCGGUUAUAACGCAAACCAUACAUUCCGAGAGUAUGCUCAUCGAACUGGACUUCACAUAGCUGCGGAUAAGGGCCACUUAUCUUGUGUACACGUAUUAGUGCAGGCUGGUGCUCAAUUAGACUUGAUGGAUAGAAAUCAGUUGACGCCUCUGAUGCUAGCUGCCAGCAAGGGUAAAGCCGACGUAGUCAAAUAUUUAAUAAGGAUAGGUGCCGAUGUUACACUGAAAGGAGAGGAUGGUAUGACUGCUUUACAUAUGGCUGCAAAGUCUGGGCAUUUAGAAGUAUGUCGAAUAAUUUUAACAGAAUGCAAAGCACCGAGGACGUUAGUGGACUCUGUGGACGACGGUGGAUGGACAAGUUUAAUUUGGGCAUGCGAAUUUUGUCAUGCCGAUGUCGCACGAUUUUUGUUAGAUAAAAAAUGCGACCCAUUAAUUCGAGAUGCAGAACAAAACAUAGCGUUGCAUUGGAGUGCGUACAGCGGGAGUUCUGAAAUCACAGAGAUGCUCCUUAACGAAGGUUGCGACGUGAAUGCUGUUAACGUUCAUGGUGACACACCUUUACACAUAGCUGCAAGGCAAGACCAGUAUGCAGUGAGUGUUCUGUUAUUAGCACGUGGUGCUAAAAUAGGCGAAGUGAAUGCUGCUGGUGAAACAGCAGUAAACUGUUGUACAAAUGACGGGGACACUAUGUCUGCUUUAAGAUUGAACGCUAAAGUUAAUGAACUUUCCGAGCACAUGUGGGAGAAAACAGUAAAAAUUUUAACUAAUGACAUUUCGCGCGGGAAGGAAACGAAUCCUAUUCAAUGCGUUAACGGACACGACGCGGAAGACAAGCCAACAGAUUUCCUGUAUGUGACUGAGAACUGUUUUACUAGUAGCAUAAAUGUUGACCGUACGAUAACGUCUUUACAGUCUUGUCGUUGCGAAGAUAACUGUAGUUCAGAGAAGUGUUUGUGUGGAAAUAUUAGUCUCAGGUGUUGGUACGACGAAGAAGGAAAAUUGAUUCCUGAAUUUAAUUAUGCAGAUCCUCCGAUGUUAUUCGAGUGUAAUCCAGCUUGCGAUUGCAAUCGUAUAACGUGUAAUAAUCGCGUUGUACAACACGGUUUGACGCAAAGGUUUCAAUUGUUUCGAACGAAGGGUAAAGGUUGGGGUCUUAGAACAUUGCGACACAUUCCUAAAGGUUCUUACGUGUGUGAAUAUGUUGGCGAGAUUAUAUCUGAUUCUGAAGCUGAUCACAGAGAAGAUGAUUCGUAUCUGUUUGAUUUAGAUAAUAGGGUAAGUGUCACAAAGACUCGACGAAUGCAUCGAGAAAUUAAUUUAUUUAUUAUUACUCAGGAUGGAGAGACUUAUUGUAUAGAUGCAAGACGAUACGGAAAUAUAGCUCGUUUCAUAAAUCAUUCUUGCGCACCUAAUCUUUUGCCUGUGCGAGUGUUCGUCGAGCAUCAGGAUUUGCAUUUUCCUAGGAUAGCAUUUUUUGCGAAUCGUGACAUCGAAGCUGACGAAGAGCUCGGUUUCGAUUACGGAGAAAAGUUCUGGAUAAUAAAAUGCAAGUCGUUCACGUGUACCUGUGGAGCCGAAAACUGCCGAUACUCUGAGAAGACUAUACAAGUCACUUUGGACAACUAUCGCAGGAAAAUACAGCAGGAAGAAAUGCUGGCAGCUCAAUCAUCGUAAUUCCAAAAACACUCUUAGCUAAUUUUACACAAUUCAUUUUAAUUGUCAUCUUUAAUGAUAUCUUUAAUGAAUUAUCUUCCUUUGGUUACACGGAGUUUGAAUUGAGAAUCUCCAUGUUUUGAGUAACUUGAUCCCCAUAUGCGGAUCGACGAAUUGAAAAAAGUACAAAAUGGUGGUGGGAACGAAAUGUGUCGAGAGAAUUGUCUAGAGGGAAAGAUAUGUCUCGGCGUCUGAUUAAGCCGAGGAUGAACUAUGCUUUUCUUAUCCAAUUCGUUGCAAAUGAAUGUUUAUGUUAGUUUGCUCGAAUUUUAUUGUACUUUCCUCUAUUGCCGACUAUCUCGAAACAAAAUUACGAGACGUGCCACUUUGCAAUAUUUUCCUUUCCUUUUUAUAAAAUAAACGAUACGCAUAAUAUAUAAUUGUUAUAUAGCAUUCGUACUGUAGUGUACGGAUUGUAUAGGAAUGUGUGUUGUUUGUAAUUGUUAUAAUUUGGGAAUUGAGAUGCAUGAUUAGUAACUAUAAAAUUGUAGGUAUACGUCUUGAGUGCAGUAUGUUUGAGGCAGAUGACUAAUCUCGUGUUACAAUAAGUUUAGAGUUCCAGAUGUUCGCUUAUUCUGUUUAGAGGGUGAUCGCUUGCGAGCGUUUAAAUCGUUGCGGACAAUUUACAUUGUAAUUACACCCUUUUGUACAAAUUAUUGACUUUUUUGUAUAAUAAACAAAGGUGUAGUCAUUUUUAA